UGCGUGUAAAAUAUGUACGUAUAAUGGACAAACACGCACCCAUAUAUACACACACUCUUCUCUAUUCUCUGUCUCAGUUUUUCCAUGCCCAUAGAUUUCUUUCUAGGGCUUUUUCGUUAACAUCAUCAUAACCAGACAGAGUUCCAGUUCUCUUUCGCUCGGACGCUAUAUCCACAAGUACCAAAUAUCUCUGUUGAUGACGACGGCGAGGUCUAUGCACAACUUCUCUCUCCCUUUCUUAAAAUGGGGCUGCCGCCGCCUCUUAUCUCACACCUCCAAUCACGCUGCUAAAUACACCAUCCAAGACGUCCAAAGAGAGGAGAAUAGUGAUGAUAGCAAAGUAGUCUCCGAUGUUGAUGCCACUGACGGAGACGUUAAGCCGUGGAAUCUGAGGCCGAGAAGGUCACUGAUGAUCAAUAACCAUAGGGUUAGUAGUAGUUACGGUAAGGGUACGGAAAACGAAGAUUGUAAUAAAAAGAGGAAACUGUGGAUCUCCUUAUCCAAGGAGGAGAUCGAGGAAGACGUGUAUGCGUUAACGGGAUCAAAACCAGCUCGACGCCCUAAGAAGAGGAACAAGACCGUUCAGAAACAAGUUGACAAUCUGUUUCCAGGGCUUUACUUGGAUGGGAUUUCGCCAGAUUCUUAUCGACCUUAGAUUGCUUGCUUGCAUUCCUUCGGUAACAAUUCCUCUUUUCGCCCAUUUUGUUUUUGCAAUGUUGGUGGUCUGUAAAUAAACAUAAAGAAAAAUGUGUAGACUAUUGAUUACAGUUUUGAAGGGAUAUCUAUUAGAUUUGUUUUCGAUGAAUUGCCGUUUUGUUUGGGCA